AUGACACUGUUAUCCACGUGGACGCAGUUCCAAUUGUUUGAUUAUACCCCGGUAAGGGAUCCUGCGUUUCAAUCGGAUGAUCCUUUGUUUUCGGACCCUUCAUUAAGUGCGAUAAGUGCUACAAAAACAUACUUGAUUAUUGCCGUCAACAAUUGUGAGUUGAAAAUCAUUGACCCUCAAACUUACACCAAGUUGGGCCAAUUUCAAGCAUAUGAUUCGGAUUAUAGAAUAACAUUUAUUAAACCACUACGCAACUCUGGGAACUUGGUUGUGACCCUUGCAGAGAAACAAGGGUUUCCAUUGAUUAUAAAGCUAUGGGACAUUACCAAAAUAUUGAAUAUCGCCAGCUUGGAGUACUCAGAAUAUAAGUUCAAGUUUCAAACUCAAGUAUCAGUGUACAACCAUGCCUCUGGUACUGGUGGCGGGUCUCAAGAUAAUUCAUUUCCUGUAAGUUGUUUUGUUUUCAACUUUGACUUGACGUGUCUUGCCGUGGGCUAUACUGAUGGCAAAGUGAUCCUAAUCAGGGGAGACCUUUUACGAGAUCGUGGGUCAAAACAGAGGGUAGUUUAUGAAAGUGGAAGUGACCCUAUUACCAAUUUACAAAUUGACGAGAGCGACCAAAUCCUAUAUGUUACAACAACUUCAAAGGUAAUUACCGUAGCGACAACUGGUAGGAAUCAAGGUAAACCACUUAAUAUUCUCUCACGGAAACAGGGAGCCGCAUUAGGGUGUUGUGAAUUAUUGCAACAACAAGAAACACAAGAAACACAGGAAACACAGGAAACAAAAGAAAUACAAGAAAUACAAGAAUCACGAAGAACACGAAAAACAUUGGAGAUAUCAGAAAAACACAAACACCAAAGAAAUGAAGAGCUAUUGGUUGCUCUGGAGGAUUCUUUAACGCAAUACAAUGCAGAGAGAAAAGUGAAAACUAUUCCGCUCCACAUUUUCAAGUCACGAAUAAUAGCAUUAGGUCAACAUGUUUUUAUGGUGUGCCCCGAAGAGGAUGGCAAAGGGUUGAAAACGAGAAUAAUUGCUGUUGACUUGAGAAACUUUCACAUUUCCUUAAAUUUGUUGCUUAACGAUAUUGCAGUGAAGGCUAUUUUCAAGCUGGAUAAUAAACAUGUCUUUAUUCUAACUAACGAUGGGGUUUUGUACAAAGUGUUUGAAAAGCCCGCAAAUCAACAGAUUGAGAUAAUUGUUCAGAGAGGAUUAUUCUCUGUGGCUUUUACUUUGGCCAAACAACUACAGCUUCCCACAAGCACAUUGUUAAGAAUACAGAACUUACAUGCCGAUCAUCUUUACAAUGAUCAAUACUAUGAGGAAGCCAUUGACAUUUAUAUCAAAUGUUUAGAACUUUUGGAAGAAGAAAAGAAAAAGAACGAGACAAACAAAAAUAUACAAGGAAGAACUGAACGAGCUCAAAGAAGUGAAGAAAGACACGGAGAAAGAGGAAUGGGAGGCUACAUAAUGAAAAGAACAGAUAAAGGCGACGAUAAUAAAGACGACGAUGCAAUGGCUGAAUUUAUAAUGGGCGUGAUUACCAAGUAUAAAGAUGCCUCAAAUAUGAAGUCGUUGGUCAAGUUCCUUCAAAGGUUAUAUAACAAAAAUAUUGCCGAUAUUGACCACAUCACUUUAUUGCUUUGCUGUCUUUGCAAGCUCCAGAGAACGGAUGAAUUAGAUCAUUUUAUUGAAAAUCUUGAUUUGAGCAUAGAAAACUUACAAAACCUAAAUUUCCAACUCAUUAUCAAUCUAUUCAAAGAGUUUGGCUUUUAUACGCAAGUUUUGAAGCUUCUUCAUAAACUACAACAAUCGAAAUUGAUUGUUGAUUUGCAGCUAAACGAACUAAAAAGCCCCAAAUUGGCUUUGAAAUAUAUGAAGACUUUAACCAUUGAUGAUUUGUUACUAAUUUUGAUUGAUCAUACCAAAGCUUUACUAGAUAAUUGUCCAGUUGAGACUACUGAGCUCCUUAUAGACGUAUUUACAGGUAAAUACAAGGCAUGCGAUCCUGAGGAGCCUGCAAAGAGUAUAAGUAGUAACAGCGAAAAAAAUGGCGACACAGCGCUUGAAAAAGAAUCUUCAGUCGAGCCAUCCAAUUACCAAUCAUUUUUGAGCUACUUGUCACUUAUUCGACCCGAGACAAGAGAAGAUGACCAGGAAUUUUUGUCUUCCUCUACAUCUGCAAACAGACAGCAGAAUGCCGAACCGACUUAUCUACCACCGAAACCAAAUUUGAUCUUUUCUAGCUUUACCGAGAGUCAUAACUACGAGUUUGUCAUAUUCCUUGAGGCUUGCAUUGAAGCAUAUGAUAAAUUUCAAGGGAGUAUCACGGAUAAAAAAGAAGUUCUCUUGACUUUGUUUGAAGUCUACUUAUCUUUAAACUCGACUACCGGCGAGUCAGAAUGGUUUAACAAGGCAGAAGUAUUACUUGAGCAAUACAAACACUUGCUAGAUGAUGAAUCCGUAUUACUCCUCAGCCACUUGUUCAAAUUCUCACCAGGCGAGGUUUCGGUAAAGGAAGGCAAUAACGACGAAGAAGGUCUAUUUGCAACUUAUCAAAUGAAGGAGGAUGUAGCAGGAUGCUUCAGGAUUUUGCAGAAACAUGGCGAAAGAAAACCACAGUUAUACAAAACCAUGCUUGAAUUUGUAAUUUCCAAACAGUCCGUUUUCGAAAAAGUGAGCGAUGGCGACAUUCAGACUCUUAUCAAGCAAGUGAGACACUAUAAGUUGGUUGAUCCGUUGGAAUUGCUUGAUUUAUUAACCAAUGGUGACGAGCCCCGCGAAUUUCUUACCUUUGGCAUUGUAAAAGAUUACUACAUGGAGCUUUUCAAUAACCAGCAACAGGAAAUAAGCAAUAAUGAGAAAUUGAUUGAAAUGUAUGAGCAAGAAUCUGUCAAGAAUUCAUUAAAGGUAUCAGAGUUGACGAGUCGCCCAUUUAUCAUACAAAACAACAAGUGUUCGCUAUGCAAAGCGAAAUUGGAUUUUCCCAUGGUGCAUUUCAAGUGCAAGCACUCGUUUCACCAAAAAUGUCUUUCAACAAGUCUAAUUGCACAUGGCAGCAGUAAUAGCUAUGGCGGCCAUAAUGGACACGGAAUUGGAGAAAGCUCACACAAGAGUGUGUACGCUAGAGACGAUGACGACUCCAAAUCCAAAUGUCCACUAUGUUUAAAAAGUCUUGACGAAAUGAAAUACGUCAAAGGGUCUCAAUACAAGUUGAAAGAACAGUACGAACCAUUUAUCAAUUCUUUACACGAGAGUACGGAUAAAUUUAGAUAUAUCGCUGAUAGUAUUGGCAAAGGUGUGAUGGAGAAUGAGUCAAUCACUAUAGACUAA